UUCUUGUGUUCACCUUACACAGCCACUGUGCUCCCAAAGUUACAGCCAUCAGUUUGUAUCCUGCCUGGUUACAAGUAUAAGGUACAUUGGAAACUACAUGUAACCACUCAUGGUCCCAUGGUGUCCCCCUUAUCGUGUUGUUCUGAACACACGCAUUCCAAGUACUGUACCGUGGGGCAUGAAGCCAUCUCCUAGCUUUGUGCUGGUGUAGAACAAUCGCAUGUCUUGUCCUCCUCUUUUGAGACAGGCCAUGUUCACCUGUGAGAGUAACUCCUUUUCUGUUGCUAUGGUAAAACACUCCUCUGACCUGAGCUCAACAGUGUCUCUAUUUGCUUAAGCCAACAACGGACUUCUGCAAUGUGGUGUGGGCUAGUUAGCAUAGAGACCAGUAUUAGAGCAAAGAUAUAGGCCAAUUUAGGUUCUAAAAUUGGCUGUGCCUAAUGCUAUUUGUGUUUUGUGCAAACUAAUGCAUGGUGCCGCUAAUAUGCUAUGAUGAAUAUAUAUAGUUAUGUGCUACUAGCAUAUAUUGGCCAACACUGUCCUGUAUAAUGACAACAAAGAGUCCUGUUGCACCUUAAAGACUAACAGAUGUAUUGGAGCAUGAGCUUUCGUGGGUGAAUACACACUUCGUCAGACAUGUAGUGGCGUAAUUGAGGCAGACUAACACAGCUACCCCUCUGAUACUGAAUGAUGACGUUUAGCUCAGCCGUCUGCAGCAUUUUCCAGCGAGGCAGCCCUGCAAGUCCUAUUUCGUGUACCCAGCCACAUGCUCGGCUUGUCUCCUCUGUGAAGGCUGAAAGGCAUCGCUUGGGGCCCUUAGCUAAGGCAGGACAAGCCUUUGUUUUUGUUCAUAAGCAGGACACCCCCCCUGCUUGCACACCUGAGCAGGCAAAGAGAGGGAAGCAUUUCCUGCCCCCUGGCUGAACAGAGUCGAUCCCUGGCCUGUCACCGCCUGGCGACCUGCUUUUAACUUUAAGGUCAGAAUUUCCAGCCUAGAUCCAUCAUGCCUUAAAUAUCACCUGCAAGUUCACAGUGGCUAAGAGGACCAGUGUGUUACUGUUGGCAGAGCCCUCACAUACCACCCUGUAAACCCCUAGGCAGCCCCUCUGUGCCCUCUGCCAGUUGGGGGUCACAGGUUCUUAUGUAGUGCCCAGGAUGGACCAACAGCUCCUCGGUGAUUGGAGUUCUCAGCAGAGGUUAGUUGGAGCAAGUCGCAGUCCAGGAUAGAUGAGGUGAACUCUGGUUUUCUGAUUCAGAGAAACCUGCCACCUUCCCCGCACUCUGGGUGUAAGUCACUCCUGGAAAGGGGCCCUGCCAGGCUUGUGCCUCACUGAAACUCCCUGGUAGGGCUUACGGGGUACCUUGGCUUUGUGCUGGCCCUCUGUCUGGGAUGCCAGUCAUCUCCUUUGCAUAGCACCAAGCAUGUACCAGCCUGCAGCUUUUUUAUACGUCAAACUCCCACUGACAUCAGCGGGGGAGGCUGAAUGUGCAAGGACCAUGGGAUCUGCCUGGGAAAUUGAGGGUGCAGGUCUCCAAGCUUUCCCCAGGAUACCCCAGGGAUUUUUGUAAUCUGAUUUCAUUCCCAUUCCUUGAUGGGAUUGUCACGUUCCUCUGCAGCUGAUGUGAUGUGUCUGGAACCAGCAAAAGCUCCCAUUCCAGAGCAGAUGAUGCAGUAACAGGGUUUCAUGUGAAAGGCAGUGUGCUCUAGUGGGACUCACCAGCCAUUGCACCCAGCCCUAGUGAGGGUCAGUCCCUACAAAGUAAUUAGACAAGGCAGAAUUAUUCUUCCUCCCACAGGGAGGGACUAAGUGACUAGGAAUCCCCCCAUGUCCCUCAAGUGCCAGUUCACUGCCUUAACCACCAGGUUUGCCUUCAGUGCUGUUGCAGACUCUCUGGCAGGUCACCUGCUCUGUUGUGACUCAAUUUCCCCAUCUGGCUCAUUAGCCUGGAAGGGCCCUCCUGGGUUGUCAAGUCCAGUCCCAAGUUGCACAGGCCACCCCACCAUAGCAGCACCUCCAGUUCCAGCCUCAGACUAGUUAGGGGGUAUGGCCCCUGCUCCUAUCGGGGGUGGGAGGUGUUUCAGAAGGCUCGAGCCCUUCUCAUUCCCAGCCAUGAAGCAGAUACGGGUCUCAUGGGGUUAACUAUUUCCUAGCCAGCCAGAGCUCUGAAGUGGGGUCGGAGACAUCUCAUGGACUGGGGCCCCUUUCCCCCCUCCUGAUCCUCUCCAGCUACCCAGGCUGGCUGCCUGCCCUUCCCUUGGCUGCCCCCAGCUGUGGCGUCAUCCCAGGCAUUCCCCUAAAAUAGCCCAUCACACCCCCGCCCCAGUUCAUUCCCCCUCUAUUUAUAGCUCCUCAGUAGGCUCCUCUCAGGCAUAUUUUAAGCCCGAGCAGCUGGUGCUGUAGACACCAGCGCCGACUUCCUGGGCAGCUCCCAAGGGACCCGGGGCCCUCCUCUGGUGGCUCCCACAGCACGACCACUGGCAGAGACACAAUGGCUGCAGUGGUUGCUGGCCCCACAGCGAUGCCCAGGGAGGCUGGAGAAGAUGCCGCGGUGAAGGCAGACACCUCUCCCCCCAGGGAGCCCAUCGACCUCAAUGGCAAUGACCUGGCAGAGAUCAGCCUGCACUCGGUGGACUCCAUCAGCGACCUGUAUUGGGUGUCUGGGGGCCACAAGGCUGCAGAGGGGAAUGGCCCAUCUCAGUCCACUACCCCACAGACCCCUCAGGCCCACUCCACCAAGCGCCGUGUGGCUGGGCCAGCCCUCCUGCCGACAUUGCGAGCCGUCCGCACCAUCCCCAUCUGCCCCUACUUCCGCCCUGCCUGCUGCCGCACAGCCCUCUUUGCCCUGCUCGGCGGCCUGGUGCUGGCCAGCCUCGCCCUCGCCAUGCUGGCCGUGUACCUGAGUGUCCUGCAGAGUGAGUCACUGCGAGUCCUGUCCCAGUGGCUGGAAGCCCAGGAGGAGUCCGUAGGGCAGAUGAAGGCCACAAGCCUGCAGCUGUGGAAGCGGUUGAACGUCAGCGAGGCCAAGGACUAGACAUGAGCUACGCAGCCCGGCCUGCUCCUCCCUCUGAUGAGGGAGGUCAGAAGCCAAGCACUACCUCCUGCACCCCAGGGCAAGGAGACAGCACCCCCUCUCUGCAGGAAACAUGGACUGACCAGGGGCAAGGCCGAGCAGUCCUUGCCUUAGGGGGCCAUUGCUGGAAUGCUGGGGUCUGGUGCAGCAGCAGGCAGCCUGCAAAGGACUAAAGGGGAAGGAGGUGUAAUGAGAAUCACCAUCAUUACUCCUCCCCGCACCCUAUUUAUUAUCCUCUCCAGUCACACCUUAUUUAUAACCCCUCUCCCUCUAACAGCAGUUUCUCCCCAUAGCACUAUUUAUCCUUUCUAAAUACAGAUUUUGUAUGUGACAAAGCUGUGCUAGCACCCACCCUCAUCAACCCCCUCCCUGCAACAGCCCCGUGGGAGCUGGCUAUCAGCUGCUUCGAGCAGGCCAGGAAGCUGCUGUGGUUAGAGUUCAGGGCAUGGCCCCCACCUGGACUGGUUCUGCCCCCAAGGGAGAGGCCAUGCUCAGAGCUCUCCAGGUGUGGGCACCUGCCAAACUGCCUGAGCCUAGGCACACCCUGAAGCUGCUCUAGCUUUGCUGGGGAGGGCUGAAACAGGGGUGCUACAGGGGUCCCAGCUCAAUGGUGGCUGGGGGAGCCUCGGGCUCCAGCCAGAUGGGAGAGGCAGUUAGACCAGAAACGGCAGCCACUGGAGCCUGACCUUCCAUGGCUGCAGAAAGCAAGAGCCCCUGAGGGCUUGUUUGGGCCUUCAGGCCUUUUCUGUAGAGAAUCAGCCCCAAUUCUCUUCCCAUGUUACCUGGGCUGCAGGAUGAGAACCACAGUGCCCCCUCCCCAGCCAUUGCCCAGCACCUCCUCCACAGAGUAGGGCCAGGAGCAGAGCGCCAGGUGCGCAGUGCAGGGCUGGGCAGCAGCUCCAACCCCACACAGUGGCCAGGCAGCCCAGACUCUGUUGUGCAAGCCAGGCAGGCAGCUAGGACCCAGGCCACGUGAAGCCCGUGUUGAGAACCACUGCCUUAGCCCCUGGAAGUAUUUACUAAUGGGCAGGGUCCAUUCUCCAGCCCUUGCAAUGUUCACAUCAAGCCAGAGUGUUUUCCUAGCAGCUCUGCUCUGGGGAUUAGUGGGGCAGGGCUGGGGCCUGUGUUACACAGGUGGUCAGACUGGAUGGAGACAGAGCAGUAGAGAGCUCCACGCUAGCCCCCACCCCCCGUGGCAAGGGGCAGCUGCCACAGCACAGGUGCAAGAGGCAGGGGAGCUGGAAUGCUGCCUCUUGCUCCCUUUCCAGAGCAGGGCAGGACCGACCCUGCAUGCAUGUCAGGGGGCUGGGAGAGGGCAAAGGUCCCAUCCUGCACUGCCAGACACAGACAGGAGGAGGGAAUGCCUGGCUCCUCCAUGGAGGAGGCAGCCCUGGUGCAGGCAAAGCAUAUGCUCAGGAGCUGCAGAGAUGGCCCUGCUGCAUAUGGCUCCCCUGAACAGCUAUCCCAACCCAGCAAGCCCACCCACAUCCAAAGCUCUGAUCACCUCUCCCCAGCAGGAGGUGCUGCCCUACACUUACCACCUCUGAAAUCAGACCAGGCAGCCCAGCCAUUUGCCUUUUAAUAAUCUCUGCUCAUCACCCUGUUAUAAAACCACUCCAGCAAUCCAUUCCAGGGAAGCCCUGUAGAAUGGGGUGAGCACCCCAAUGGCCCAGGGGGGAAGAGGUCUCUCAGAACAGCAGCACCAGGAGGCCCUGGACUCCCCUCAGCGAAGUCCUUGUCCUUCCAUGAUACAGAGCAUGAGCUGGGCUAUGCUGCUGCCCUGUCCCAUCUCACUCUUCCCCUGCUGUCUGUCUUUCUUCCCCCUGGCACAGGUGCUUUGUGUGCCCCCCAGUUAUGGCAGAGCCCAGCCCAGCCCAGCCCAGCCCAGCCCAGCAGAGCAACAGCGAGAAGUUGAUGUGACCUUGCUAGCCAGACAGCACCUGGGCCAGUUUUGACCAUUGUGCUAUCAGAGGGAGACCAUAGGGAAGGCCUCAACCCAGGCGGGGAGCCACCAUCAAUGCACUCCAGCUGAGAUGCUUCCUGGCAGGGGGUGGCUGACCCCAUUCCCCUAGCUCUGAGCAGAGGCUAGUGGGAGGGGGCCCAACACCCAACAGGCAGGCAACAGAGCUCAGAAGAAAGUGAAAUUGCAGCUCUCAGAGAGGCCAGAGGGAGGGUGUUUCCUGGCCUUACCCCCCACAAGCACUUGCUAAGCAAGGCAAGAGGGGGCACUACAGAAACAGGGGACCCUCCCCUCCCAGCACAGCCUGUAGGGUCCCACCAGGGCUGGCUCCAAAAAAGGCCAGAGUGCCACCCCAAGCACAUGCUUGGGACACUGGUGCCUAGAGCCGGCCCUGAGUCCCACUAAGCCUGCUUGUGGUUUGGGGGAGGGGUCAGAGUGUGGGGAGAAGAAGAAUCACUUCUAAGGGGGAUUUUUAAAGAGACAAUGCCUGGUUAAAGCGAGCAUGUUCCCAGCCCCACAAUGCCUCACUGAGCCUUUACAAAGCUUGCCUUGCCCCUACCGUGGCCCUUUGCACCCUCAGCUUGGCCAGUUUCACCUUUCCCACCUGCUCAGUUUCUCUCAGCUUGGGGGUGGGGGGCAGACAGGGCUGGGGCUAGUCCAGGCUGUGCACUCCAUUGGUUAUUAGACUGAGUCAGACCUGACUAAAAUGGGGUGAGAUCUGUCCAGCAGGGACAGAGUUGGGGGAAUAUGUGCUGGUAGCCUGCUCCCGUGCUCAGUUCUAGGCCCCGCCUUCUUCAUCACCCACAGUCCCCAUCCUCCUCUCCUAGCAGCCAGGAGCCCAGGGCCCCAAGCAGGCUGCUGCUUGCUCCAAGAUCUCCAGCUUCUCCCCAGGGUGGAGGGAUCUCAUUUCCCACUCACCGUACACUAGGGACUGCAUCAACCCCUCUCAGCAAGCGAUCCCCACUGCAUGCUCUGCCCUCCCCUGCACCUCGCUAUGGGAGAUGAACCCCAAGACCCUCAAAACAAGAGCACCCAAGGGGAGCAGCAGCUCCUCAGUAGUGGCCCUACCCCCAUGGGGCCCUGUUAGUUCCACCCUGACGGUGGUUGGGGAUUUCUCUCAAACCAGUGGCUGCUGAUGGCCCACAGCCCCUUGGGCACAUUCUGAGCCAUGCUCAUGGCUACUGAAAGGGCAGGGGAAGAGCUGAUUGACCUGUGCACAUAGGAGGUGCCCAAUGCAAAGCAUGUGUGUAUUGGGACUGCAGGGCAGGAACAUGGGUGCUAGGUGGGGGUAACUGAGGAACAGGGAGAGUGGAGGGGGAACAGCCCCUCCUGUAAUGGCACACGCUCAGCAUUUCACCAGCCACUUCAAUUGCCAAUUCCCACUUCACCCAGCCAAGCCAAACAGCUCCCACAGCAGGGGAGAGAACAUGACACUCAGC